AUGGCAUCAUCUGCAGGAACAGCCAUUCAUAGAUGUGGCUGUAGUAGGAGUGGUAUUAAUAGUGGGGAUGGCAACUGUACACUCUCAUUAGUGGAGUUGUUGUUGGAGUUAUCAAACUCAUUAACAUAUCAUAAAUCUCACAGUUAUUCUCGUGGAGAUCAUACGGGAUUAUCUGCAGAGGCGAAUUUAUUCACAGGCUUUACUGCUGCUGCUGGUGGGACUACUAAUACUAGUAAUACUAAUACUAAUAUUACGACAACAACAGGACGUUUUCAGAAUCCUACAAAAUUACGUAGAAAAAGAAGACGUGAUGUUAUUAAUGCCUUUUUUGAUCCCACUAUUAAAGUUUCCUCCUCACAUAAUACCAGACGUCAAGAAAUGCGGGAGAUGUUUCUCAACGCUAAAGAGAAUAUACGGCAAGUGACAGAAACACAUGCCGCGAUGUUAGAACUUCUAUGCACUGCUGUGGCUCCGGAUAUUAUCAACAUAGAGAAUCAUACACAAGCAUUGAAUGUAGAGAAAUUAAAUGAAGAUGCAGUUGAAAUGACUGAGAUGGAACUCAUGUUGUAUAUUAUACUUCGCACAAGUAUUGCCGCGGCUCCAACGUGGCAGAAACCGCCUAUUAUUCCACGUUGUUGGUUAUCACCAUCUAUUACGGCAAUAAUAGAACGUUCACCGGCAUUACAACGGACAAUGCGAUGGUCAUGUGAUCCCGAUCCUGUAAUUGAUGCCGCUCUUACAUCUGAUGCGCCUGGAUAUAAUGGUUUCUCAUUUGGGGUACGUACAUCUUAUCAUAUUCCAUCUCUAUUAGCUUAUUAUAUGGAUAAUAAUAAUAAUAAUGAUACAGCCGCCGCUCUCACUAAUACUACUAAUACUAAUACUAAUAAUUAUAAUUAUAAUAAUAGUAUUGAUAGUCAUAGUGUUAGAGGGGCAGCAUGGCCGCAGAGUACAAAUUCCUCAAGUGUGUAUUCCAUUGGUGGUGGUAUUUGUUCCUACUGGUCUGCACAGGAAAGUAUGGAAGUGCGACAUCUCUUUUCUAGAAAGCGUGUUGAAGCUAGUCCUCUAAAAAAGAAAGAAAGUGAAAAAGAAGAAGAAGAGGAGGAGGAGGAGGAAAAGUCUAUAGUAUUAUCAUCAUCAAGAACAACAACAGGAACAACAACAACAACAACAAAAGCCACAUCCUCACGUCCUAUUUUCUCUAUAUUUAAAGAGGAAUAUCCAUCUGGUUUACCGUUUUGUUCACUUCUUUUUGUAGCCCUUCAUCGUGGUAUUGUUGGGCAACAAGAUCCAUAUCUCUUAUUACGUUUAGAGUAUGAAAAUAAUGAGAGUGGUUCUUUUUCGUUGAAUUCACUCUCAUCCCCAAAUAGAUUACCGUAUGGUUUUCGACGUGCAGAUGGAUAUAAUCUAUUUUCUGGUAUGCAACCUAUAGGUAUUAUCGUAAGCCCAGAGUUUCUGGUGGCAAACGGCAGCAAACCAAAAACAAAUAAAGGAAAACAUAGUAAUAAAAAUGGCAUUCCUGUGGCUUUACGAGAAAGAGAAAAAUCAGAAGAAACACAUCAAGAUAGUCAUCAUUACACAAGAGGUGUAAUGACCAUGUUAGAAUGGAGUUGUCAGAGUGGAACUCUCUUUUUACGAUUACAAUAUUUAUGUGAAGUAUCUGAACGGGCAGAAUGGCGUGCCUCUCUUGGGCAAUAUGGAAAAAGUGCAAUUGAGGCAUUACGUCGAGUACUCUUAUUACUAUUAAGACGUGUAUCGGAUCUUUCUAAUAGACCAGGUGGUCCACAUUGUGUCACUUUUCGUGAACUUUUAGAAGCCCAACAACAUUUACGAUGUAUUGCUGAAGAUAUUAUGGCGUUAAGUGAUGUAUUUCUUGUGAAUGCAGAAAUGGGAUGGACACCAUCUACAGUAUUAAGUGAGUUAUCCUCUGCUACUCUUCUUUCCUCAUUAUAUACACGAUAUACACAGAGAAUUGUAAAUCAUACAUCCCUUAUAUAUGAUAAAGGAGAAAGAUUAGAUGUUAUUGGGGAAUUAUUUCUUGCUGUUCUUAAUCCAUUACAUCAUAUGAUGUGUGUUUGGCUUCGCCGUGGUGAAUUACAAGAUCCAUAUGAUGAAUUUUUUAUUAUGCCUUCAUACGGUACAACAGAUUGUGGAUUUCUUGUAGAGACUUCUCCUCAACGUCUUCCAAGUUUUAUUUCUUUAGAAGCCGCGGAGAAUAUUCUUCACGCGGGUGUAAGUCUUCGUGUUCUCCGUGCGGCCGCCCGACAUGUUACCUUCUGUGCGAAGAAAGAUCAAUUACGAUUAAAGAACGAAACAGAAGAUGUGGACGCUGCAGCGGCAUUACAUGAUCAGAUGGAUGAUGCGAUGGAAAUUAAUUGGCUUCUCUCAGACUUUAUGAAUGCUUUACUUGAAUCUCACACACUUCCACUAUCUAAAUCAUCUUCAUCUUCAUUAUCGUUGUUGGGGUUUCCUCAAUCACCAGAAGUGGAUUUACUACAGGAGGAGGGUACACUCUCAUAUUGGCGGGACUUUUACGGAGCCUGUAAUCGUCUCUUGUUAUCCGCAGGAGAAGAAGAAGAAGAAGAACAACAAGAAGAUGAUAAUGAUAAUGAUAAUGAUGAUGAACAACAAGAACAAGAAGAAGAAAAGAAUAAGAAGAGAGAAACAACAUUAACAACCGUCAUGAUGUUAGAACAGGGUGGUGUCCACCAGGCAUGUGAUCCACUUUCACUUUCUUUAGCACCAGACACGAUGGGAUCAUUAGAGGAUGGAGAAGAUAGUAUGCGAAAGAAUAACACUCCCACUGGAGAAAGCGGAGAAAUUAUCAUAGUAACAACAACAACAACAACAACAACAACUGCAGCUUCUCCACUCUCUACAACUGUCGCGGUAACACCAACCGUAACGUUAUCGGCAUUAGGAGGAAAAACAAAAUAUGGAUCGACAACAUUUUCACGGGCAUCAAGAGCCACCACCGCCUGGCAUGAGGCGAUAUCAGAGGAAUUGGCUCAAGUGGCUCAAGUUACAAAUGAAGAGGAAGCGGCAAAGUUAAAAACACGUACAGCACUUAGAUUAGAAUAUGAACGACAUGUUCUUCGAAAAAAAGCCCAACGACAAUUACAACAAUGGAAAGCACGUCGUCUUUCUCUUAAUCUUGAAAGAGCAGCUGCAAUAUCUAGAUGUGUGGAUGAUUUGCAGGAAUUAUACCUCCAUACAUUAAAACCUUCAACAGAGAUAAAACAAGAUUCUCAUAAAGGAGAUAAUGAAGAAGAAGAAAAAGAAAAAGUUGAGAAUGAAAUAGAUGAUGGACGAAGAACACCUAUUGGUAAGUUUGUUAUUCCACUUAAACAGUUACCAUCCAUCACACCAUGUACAGAGAAAAAUACGGUUGUAGGCCGUGCCAAGUUUACGCUACCCCGUAUUGGUAUUAUGAGUGAAGGUUUAUAUGAAGAUAAUGAAGAUGUACCGAAUACGACACCUUUAAGCUCACGAUCUCGUUUCAUUUCACAAUAUCAACAACAUCAACAACAUCAACAACAACAAUAUCGUCGUGCCAAUAUGAGUAGGACGCUGAAUUCUUCUUUACAAUUGAACUCUUCUUGUAAAGAUGUUAAUACGCCUGUUGAAGUGCCAUGUGAAUUUAAACAUACACCAGAAAUGUAUGUAGUAGCAGAUAUUAAUGAUGAAGAGUAUUUAAUGAAACGAGCAGGACCUCAUGUGAGUGAUGUGAAUGAGAUGGAAGCUGUAUUAGCAAAGAUGGAUAUACAAGAGGCAUCUGUACGGGGUUCUAAUGUCUCAAGUGAGGCUUAUCAGAAAAGGUGUAUUGCUUUAGCAAGAGAAGCUCUUUAUAGUAUGGGUGAAGCUGUGGAGGUUAUUGAUGAUGAUGAUGAUGAUGAUGAUGAUGACAAAAAGAGUAAUCAUAAUAAUAAGAAUAAUCAUAAUAAGGAUAAGAAGAAUACCAAUAAGAUUAUCAGUAAUGUAUGGUGGACAGAUCCAACUACAGAUGAAGAAGUACUCAAGUCUUAUAAAGAUAAUUCAAUCACAUCUGGAAAGACACCAGCUGUUACGAUAAAUAUGACAGAUCAACAGAUAAAGACACUUCUACACUGUUCAAGUUAUUAUCUCAGGUUAGGACAUUAUACAGCAAGUUAUCUCACACAUAAGGCACUUCAGGUAAUGUUGUUAGGUCCUUAUGGAACUCUUUAUCGAUUAAUGCAACAGUUAUUAGAUGUUUGUCUUAUGCAAAGAGGUUCUGUGGCUGCUAGACUCACUGGACUAUGGGAAAGAUUAACAAAAGAGUCUAUGGAAGAAAAUACAUUUAGUGCUUCUUCUACCUUUAUGAUACUUAAUAGGGCAUUUGUAGAGGAGUGGGAGUCAUCUGUACUAUAUGGAGGAGAUACACUUAUGCAUAUUCAACUAGCUCUUUCACUUCCUGAUGGUGAUAGUGAAAAUGAGGAAAGUAUGCGGGAUGGUGUUUAUUUAAUGGGGGAUGAAAUGCAAAGUAAUAUUAGUGUGGGAGUUGGUGUUAAUAGUAGUGGUUUUUUGUUUAGCGAUACGGCAUUUAGACGAAGAAGAAAACGUUCACCUUCCAUGUGUGGAGUGGGAAUAGCGGGAGAUGAUGAGAAUGAAGAGGAGGAACUGAGGGAAUAUUGGAAUAUAAAGAGAAAACAACAAAAUCAAGAAGAAGAAGAAGAAGAAGAAGAAGAAGAAGAACAUGGAACGAAAAAGAAACAGCAUGCAUUUACAUUAUCAUUACCAGAUAAUCCAUUUGACUUUAUAUCUCAACUCACCAUUGUACAUAAUACUCCACGUGAAGAUUUCUGGCUACUCCCUAAAAAUGCCAUUGCCAUUUAUGGAGAUCUCUUCAGUACUUUACUUUUCUGGACAAGUGUUAUGCAAUUAGUAACACGUGUUUGGUUUAUUGGCAUUAAGUCUGGUGUGUCGGAGGCUUUUUUCUUCUGUAAUGUCACUCGUGCGGUAUUUGGGGCUGUGGCUCAACACAUGUGGUUUCUUAUUGCGGGUUACGCCCGUGCAUAUCGUGAGAGUCUUCGCUUUGAGUCUGGUGUUUUAUAUGGAUAUCAACAAUUGGAGAACUUCUCGCGGGAUCAUGCGGUGUUUUUGGAGCAUUGUCGAUUUGCGGCGAUGUUAACACCGGCGUUUGCACGCGCACGGCAACAAGUGUAUGGAAUGGUUCGGCAAUUAGAGGAGGUGGAGCAAUAUAUGUUGGCAGCAGAGAGAAGUGAGAGAGAAACAUCCAGUGUGAGGAUCUCAACAGGAACCGCAUCCAGAAAACGUACCAGUGAACAUAUCAUAAUAGAUGAUGAUGAUGAUGAUGAUGAUGAUGAUGAUAAUGAUGAUAAGAAGAAGACGAAAAAGAAGAAAAAUACAACAACAACAAAGACGAAGAGUAAAGCGAACACUAAACAAGAAGAAGAGAAAGGGAAUAGUAAGAAUAUUAUUAAUAUUAAUAACAGUAUUACUAGUAAUAAGAAGAAGACUAGUAAGAAGACAGGAGUGGUACAAUCCGAGAUGCGCAGUAGUGGGGGAAGCAGCAGUAAAGAAGUUGUGACUAAACAGCAGAAGAGAGAGAAAUCUCAACAAUUACAAUCUAAACAACAACAACAACAGGCGGAAAUGAUAAAACGUAAAGAAGAACGACACCGCCAUGUGCGGGAUGUCUUGCAAAGACGUUUACGUUCUUUUUUGGGUUUAACAGAGAUAUUUAUUGAACACCUCACAGCUGUGCGGGAUAGUGAUAUUCUCAAUGAUACAGAGGAACUAUUCCCUCAACAACAAUCUCAUCAAUCUCAUCAACAACAACAACACUGUGUAGAUGAGGAAGAAAUGUUUAAUACUCACAGUGGACGUGUGCGUACAUCCGCCGCCGCCGCCGCAUUAACGUCUCUUAUUCGUACACUGGAAAUGACGAAAAUUGCCAUACAUGAUAAGUUGUGA